CCCAUCUACAUAUGCAUGUAGACUGAGUCAUGCGUCGGUUUGGCUUCUAGCACGAGGGACCGGUCGCGAUGUUCACCCGACGCUUGUUUCCCUUUUUGCUCAAGAGUCGGCGAAGGCGGAGGAUCAUUUUCUUCCACAGCCCCGCCUGCAUCGCACGCUGCAGCACCAUAACCCUUCCUCUCGUUUACACUCACCAAAAAAUCACUGAGAGGUCGAGAUGAGGACCUUUGCUUCGACCGGCGCUCUCGUGCUCUGCGCGUCCUUCGCGGUGGCGCAAACGACGCUCUACAUCCCCGGGUUCGACCCGCAAGCCAUCACCGCCGACGAAGUCGGCACGGACGCGUCGGGCCACACGACCUGGGUGAUCGGCCCGGGCGUGACCAGCGGGACGUACGAGGACGCUCCUGGGAUUAUCGGCUCCGCUACGCUCGUCGCCGGCGCGAGCGACGCGCACCUCGUGUGGAACGACCCGGUCGACAGCCUGUUCCUGUCCGAGGACUGCGCCAUCAACGGGGGCAUCGCCGUCUGCACGGCCGUCGCCUCUGUGGAGGGCGUCAUCUCGACGGCGAUCGAGACGGAGACCGCGACGGGCUUCGUCGUGCAGGGCAACUCGGCCGCGCCGACGGCGGCCGCGCCUGGGGGGAGCUCGGGGUCGAACACGGCUGCGGCGACUGGCUCGACGCCCAGCGCGGGAUCCGCUGCGACGUCGGGCGCUUCGAAGACGGGGAGCGCGGGGGCGUCGCAGACGAGCGUGAGCGCGAGCGGGAAUGGGAACGGGGCGGGGAGGAUGGAGAUGUCGACGGGGCUUUCUCUCGGAGUCGUGGGCCUCAUUUCUGCUUUGUUCGUUUGAGGGCGGGUGUUGUGUACGGUGUUUAUGUUUUUGGUCACUCGUUUGUACAGGGAAUACGGGUAUAAUGCAUUCUGUUUCGG